AUGACCUUCAUCAUCUCCACAAAAGGCUCCAAGUCGAUGGCCGACUAUCUCCAACAGGUCAAAGGCUACACAGAUGCCCUUGAAGCCACCGGCCAAGGUCUCUCGUCCAAUGACAUCAUCCUCUACACCACAGGAGGUCUGGGACCAGACUAUGAUCCACUCAUCACUGCCAUCACCACCAAACAUGACCCUCUCUCUCUCGAAGAACUUCAUAGUCUCCUCCAUCAGUUUGAGCUUUGCCUCAACCGCCAACACUCUACUCUCACUGACACUCAACUCUCUUCCAACUCAGUUGUUCAUAAACCAGGAGCUCGCCCACCCAACUCUCACCGGGGUGGUCGCGGUGGCAGAGGUAAGGGACGUUACAAUAACACCACUCCAUCUCAACCAAAGGUCACUUGCCAGGUAUACGACAAGGUUGGCCAUUCUGCUCUCUCUUGCUUCCACCGCUUUGAUCUCAGUUUUCAGGCAUCCAGAGGUAAUCCACCGUCUAAGGUCCCCGUUGCCUCCAAUACCCUGGAAUCAUCUGAUGGCGAUUGGUACCCCAACACUGGUGCCACGAAUCAUCUUACCGUCGAUCUUGGCAAUCUCUCUCUUCGGUCUAAUUACAAUGGCAAUGACAAGAUAGCCGUAGGUAACGGGACAUGUUUGGACAUCAAACAUAUUGGACAUAAUUCUCUUCAUACCUCUUCCUGUAUAUUGCACUUAAAAAAUAUUCUUCAUGUACCUGACAUCACCAAAAAUCUGAUAUCUGUUCGUUAG